UCUUGAUUCAUUCUUACCCUUUUUUCUAUAUUCACUGAGUUUCAUCCUCUUUGUUUCACAGUUUCUAAAGGUAGGAAAGAGAUCCAAAACCUCAGUUAAAACAUUGAAGCUUCCCCCAGGGCCAUGGAAGCUUCCUGUCAUUGGAAGCUUACACCACUUAGUUGGCUCUCUACCCCAUCAUCGCUUCAGAGAACUUGCUAAAAAACAUGGUCCUCUCAUGCACCUACAACUUGGUGAGGUUUCAACCAUUGUGGUUUCUUCUCCAGAAGUGGCCAAAGAUGUCCUGAAAACCUACGAUGCCAUCUUUGCUCAAAGACCCCAUCAAAUUGGCGCAGAGAUCAUGUGUUAUGGUUCCACUGACAUUGCCACUGCACCAUAUGGGGGGUAUUGGAAGCAGCUAAGAAGAAUAUGCUCCCAAGAGCUUCUAAGCAACACACGUGUGAGGUCAUUUCGAUCAAUAAGAGAAGCAGAAGUGCUGAAUUUAGUAAGAUUUAUUGAGACUAACACUGGUUCUUGUGUGAACCUCAGUGAGAAAUUAGCAUGCAUGACAAGUGUCAUCAUUGCAAGGACGGCUUUUGGUGAAAAAUGCAAGGAUCAAAAAGAGUUCAUUUCCCUUAUCAAGAAACUUGUGAAAGUAUCCCAACGUUUAGCUAUUUUUGAUUUGUUCCCUUCUCGCAAAUGGCUUCAUGUGAUCAGUGGGAAGACACCUAGAUUGGAGAAGUUGCACAAAAAAUAUGAUGUAAUAAUUGGAAACAUCAUUACAGAGGCAGAAAAAAAUAUUGGUGAAGUAGAGGUUAAUAGUCUCCUCUCAGUUCUUCUAAAUUUGAAAAAUCAAGGUGCCCUCGAAUAUCCUUUGACAAUCGAUAACAUCAAGGCUGUAAUGUUGGACAUGUUUGCGGCUGGCACUGAUACAUCAUCUGCAGUUAUAGAAUGGGCCAUGUCAGAGAUGUUGGAAAACCCAAAAGUAAUGAACACAGCUCGAGAAGAAGUUAGAAGAGUUUGUGGUAGCAAAGGAUACAUGAAUGAAGAAUCACUUGAAGAACUAAAAUAUCUGAAAGCAGUAAUAAAAGAAACACUGAGAUUGCACACUCCCGGCCCUCUUCUUCUUCCAAGGGAAUGUAGAGAAAGUUGUGAGGUGAAAGGGUAUACAAUACCUGCUGGGACCAAAGUGAUGGUAAAUGCAUGGGCAAUUGGAAGAGACCCUGAUUAUUGGAAUGAUCCAGACAAGUUUUAUCCUGAGAGAUUCAUGAACAGUCAAAUCGAUUAUAAAGGGUCCCAUCAUGAAUUCAUACCCUUUGGUGCUGGAAGGAGAAUGUGUCCUGGCAUGUCUUUUGGGACAAAUAUCAUUGAACUUUGUCUUGCACAACUACUUUACUAUUUUAAUUGGGAACUUCCAAAUGGAAACAAGGAAAACUUGGAAAUGACUGAAGCUUUGGGAGCCUUCUCAAGAAGAAAAACGGAUUUAGUCUUAGUUCCCAUUUCUUACAAUCCUCUUCCUAUUUCGUCAAACCUUAAAUUCUAAUCAUAAGUGUCUCUAUAUUGUCCUUGUUCCCUUUCUUUUAUGUUACUUGUGUGUUAAGAUAGUGUGAGUGAAUGCA